GCGUCUGUGUGUGGGAGCCUUUCGGGCCAUCUGUGUUGUCCGUGGUCAAAGUCAACACGGAUACCGAUCUGUGUAAGCUGCUGCGUUGAUCUAUGACAUCGAUGAAGUCUAUGAAGUGUAUGAACCGUAUGAAUUUGUAUAUGCUGGGAACAUGGCGUCUACUGAACCUGUAAGAGGAAAAUCAUUAAUUGAUUAUAGAAAAAAACUCCUUGAACAUAAGGAAGUAGAGAGUCGGUUGAAAGAAAUGAGAGAGCAGUUGAAAGAAUUAACUAAACAGUAUGACAAAUCGGAAAAUGAUUUGAAGGCAUUGCAGAGUGUUGGACAGAUCGUUGGUGAGGUUCUGAAGCAGUUAACAGAAGAGAAAUUUAUUGUAAAAGCAACAAAUGGGCCUCGAUAUGUGGUGGGAUGCCGUAGACAGCUGGACAAAGCCAAGCUGAAAUCUGGAACAAGAGUUGCCCUGGAUAUGACAACUUUGACCAUAAUGAGAUAUCUUCCUCGAGAAGUAGACCCUUUAGUCUAUAACAUGUCACAUGAGGAUCCCGGUGAUGUUACGUACUCAGCCAUUGGAGGUCUUAGUGAGCAGAUCCGAGAGCUCCGAGAGGUGAUAGAACUUCCCCUGCUGAAUCCUGAGCUCUUCCAGAGGGUGGGAAUCACACCACCCAAAGGCUGCCUCUUGUAUGGUCCUCCUGGCACAGGAAAGACUCUACUAGCUCGAGCUGUUGCCAGUCAACUUGAUGCAAACUUUCUUAAGGUAGUGUCAAGUGCAAUUGUGGACAAAUAUAUUGGAGAGAGUGCUCGUUUGAUCCGUGAGAUGUUCAAUUAUGCUCGUGACCACCAGCCAUGUAUCAUCUUCAUGGACGAGAUUGAUGCAAUAGGAGGACGGCGAUUCUCAGAGGGAACAUCAGCUGAUCGUGAGAUUCAGCGCACUCUUAUGGAAUUAUUGAAUCAAAUGGAUGGCUUUGAUUCAUUAGGACAGGUAAAAAUCAUCAUGGCAACGAACCGUCCAGACACACUGGAUCCUGCGCUGCUUCGGCCAGGCCGUCUGGAUCGAAAGAUUGAAAUUCCCUUGCCCAAUGAACAGGCUCGUUUGGAGAUCCUCAAGAUUCAUGCUGGACCUAUUGCCAAACAUGGGGAAAUUGAUUAUGAAGCAGUAGUGAAGUUAUCUGAUGGUUUUAAUGGAGCAGAUCUGCGCAAUGUUUGCACAGAAGCUGGUUUGUUUGCAAUUCGUGCAGAACGAGAGUACGUUAUCCAAGAAGACUUUAUGAAGGCGGUACGCAAGGUUGCUGAUAAUAAGAAGCUGGAGUCAAAGUUGGAUUACAAACCAGUAUAGUGGGUGCUAUAGAAAACCCUUCAAGAUAAAAUGUAUUGCCUUCCUCAGAGUAUGAAGAAUAAAGCGUCUUAUAUGUCACUUCAGA